AUGGCUACAAUUCAAGUAGAAAUCGUUAGCGCUGAAGAGGCAAUCUGGACAGGUACCGGAGUCAUGGUUUUCGCGCCUGCGGAAAUGGGGGAAGUCGGUAUUGCCCCGCAGCAUGCUCCGUUGCUUACGCGAUUGAAGCCGGGAGAGGUGCGCGUCCAACAAGAGAACGGUGAUGAACAGUUUUUCUUCAUUUCCGGUGGAUUGCUCGAAGUUCAACCGAACCAAGUAACUGUACUUUCCGAUACAGCUGUCAGAGCUGCCGAUCUGGAUGAAGCGCAAGCGUUGGAAGCUCAACAGAAGGCGGAACGCGAUCUGCAAGACAAGACUUCCAAGAUGGAUCUCGCCAAGGCAAAAGCGGAACUCAUCCAGGCAACGGCACAGUUGCGCGCUCUUCAGAAACUGAGACAAACCCGUCGCUGA